AUGUCUCAAUCCCUUAGGCCGUACCUUCAGGCUGUCCGCAGCAGCCUGACAGCCGCCCUCUGCCUGUCCAACUUCGCAUCCCAGACCGCCGAGCGACACAAUGUCCCCGAAGUCGAGGCUCGGACGUCACCCGAGGUCCUUCUGACACCCUUGACGAUUGCGCGCAACGAGAACGAGCGCGUCCUGAUCGAGCCCAGCAUCAACAGCGUGCGCAUCAGCCUCAAGAUCAAGCAGGCUGACGAGAUCGAGCACAUCCUGGUACACAAGUUCACCCGGUUCUUGGAACAGCGCGCCGAGUCGUUCUUCAUCCUGAGGCGGAAACCUAUCAAGGGAUAUGACAUCUCUUUUCUGAUUACGAACUUCCACACGGAGGAAAUGUUGAAGCAUAAGCUUGUGGACUUCAUAAUCCAGUUCAUGGAGGAGGUUGACAAGGAAAUCUCCGAGAUGAAGCUAUUCUUGAACGCAAGAGCACGAUUUGUUGCCGAGUCAUUCUUGACACCGUUUGACUAA